GGCUGUACCUCUCCCUGGUCCUGCUCUCUGGCCUGGGGACAUCUCACUUUUUGAUAAACCCUCUCAGGAACAUCAAGAAGCGGAGCCUCCCAGAUACGGAGUGAAAAACCCAAGUUCUACCUCAGCAACAGCAGAGACUCCUGUAAUCUCCCCCCCCUGCCAAAAGCUCAGCCCUCUCACAAGACUAUGAGCUUAGUUCCAGAGACACUGGUGCUGUAGCUGAUUCAGAGGCUCUGGGAUCUCUUUCUCUGGCAAGGCCUUCCUGGGACUGGAUCCACGUCAGCCUGAUGGUUGUCAAUGGCAUUGAAAUAUAUAGCACCAAGAUCAACUGCAAAGUGACCUCCCGCUUUGCCCACAAUGUGGUCACGACAAGGGCCGUCAACCGUGCAGACACUGCCAAGGAGAUUUUCUUUGAUGUGGAGUUGCCCAAGACAGCUUUCAUCACUAACUUCACCAUGACAAUUGAUGGUGUCACCUAUCCUGGAAAUGUGAAGGAAAAAGAAGUUGCUAAAAAGCAGUAUGAGAAAGCUGUGUCUCAGGGCAAGACGGCUGGCCUGGUCAAAGCCUCAGGAAGAAAGCUGGAGAAAUUCACUGUCUCUGUGAAUGUGGCUGCAGGCAGCAAAGUCACUUUUGAGCUGACCUAUGAGGAACUGUUAAAGCGGAACAAAGGAAAAUAUGAGAUGUACAUCAAGGUUCAUCCCAAACAGCUGAUCAAUGAAUUUGAGAUUGUGGCAGACAUCUACGAGCCUCAAGGGAUCAAAGAGCUGAAUGCUGAUGUGUCCUUUAUCACCAAUGACCUGAUGAAUGUCCUCACAACAUCCUACUCAGGAAAAAAAGGCCAUGUGUCCUUCAAGCCAACUUUUGAUCAGCAACGCUCAUGUCCAACUUGCUCCACUUCACUCUUGAAUGGGGACUUCAUAAUAACAUAUGAUGUGAACAGAGAGCAGCCUGGGAAUGUGCAGGUUGUCAAUGGCUACUUUGUGCAUUUCUUUGCUCCCCAAAACCUCCCAGUUGUGCCCAAGAAUGUGGUUUUUGUCAUAGAUGUCAGUGGAUCCAUGGCUGGUCGGAAGUUGGCCCAGACAAAGGAGGCACUUCUUCAUAUCUUGAAUGAUGUAAAAGCAGGUGAUUUCCUGAAUUUUAUCCUGUUUAGCUCAGAUGUGACCACUUGGAAAGACACUUUGGUCCCAGCCACUCCUGAGAACCUCAAGGAAGCAAAAGAAUUUGUACACAACAUUCAAGACAGAGGAGCGACCAACAUCAAUGAUGCCCUUCUCAAGGCUAUUGAAAUGGUGAACAAAGGUCGAGAGAUGGGAAUAGUCCCUGACAGAAGUACAUCGAUAAUCAUCAUGCUGACAGAUGGGGAAGCCAAUACUGGAGAAAGUAGAGUUGAAAAAAUCCAGGAGAAUGUGAGGAAUGCCAUUGGAGGCAAGUUUCCUUUAUAUAACCUUGGCUUUGGCAAUGAUGUCAAUUAUAACUUCCUGGAAAAGAUGGCUCUGGAGAAUCAUGGGGUGGCCCGACGAAUUUAUGAAGAUUCUGAUGCCGACUUGCAAAUGCAGGGUUUCUAUGAUGAAGUGGCCAACCCACUGCUCGUCAAUGUAGACUUGGAGUACCCACAAAAUGCCAUCAGUGACAUCACCCAGAACAACUACCAGCACUUCUACGAUGGCUCUGAGAUUGUGGUGGCUGGAAAACUGGUGGACUUUGAGACAAACAGCUUUGUUGCUGAUGUAAAGGGACAUGGUGCCUUAAAUGACCUGACCUUCACAGAAGAAGUGGACAUGAGGGAGAUGGAAAAAGCCCUCGAGGAGCAAGAAUACAUCUUUGGGGACUACAUUGAGAGACUCUGGGCCUACCUCACAAUUGAACAACUCCUAGAAAAGCGGAAGAAUGCUCAGGGGGAAGAGAAGAACAACCUGACAGCCCAAGCUCUGGAUCUGUCCCUCAAGUACCACUUUGUGACCCCGUUGACCUCCAUGGUGGUCACCAAACCAGAAGACAAUGAAGAAUCCCAGUCCAUUGCAGACAAGCCUGGGGAAGAAGUGAAGGCUGAUAAAAUCUCGCAUGUCUAUGCAACUCAAGUCAAUUACCAGCCUCCACCUAAUCCCUACUACUUUGUAGACGGAGACCCACACUUUAUCAUUGAAGUGCCCCAGAAGGAUGAUGCCCUCUGUUUCAACAUUGAUGCACAGCCAGGGGUGGUGCUGAACCUCAUCCGGGACCCAGACACAGGCAUCACAGUUAAUGGGGAGAUCAUCGGAGAAAAGAAAGCCAGUUCAGAAACAAAGAAAAUGAAGUCAUACUUUGGGAGACUUGGGAUUGUUGACCCCAAAAUGGACUUGCAGAUUGAAGUGACAACAGAGAAGAUCACCCUGUGGAGUGGAGGCAGGAGAACCAGCUUUACCUGGAUGGACACAGUCACUAUCGCACAAAAUGGUUUGUCAGUGGCCAUUAACAGGAAGAAAAACAUGGUGGUCUCAAUUGGAGAUGGGGUCACUUUUGUGAUCAUCUUACACCAGGUGUGGAGGAAACAUCCUGUCCACCAGGACUUCCUUGGGCUAUAUGCAGUUGAUAGUCAUCGGAUGUCUACAAAGACACAUGGACUGCUGGGACAAUUCUUUCACCCUUUUGACUUUGAAGUUUUUGAUGUUCGGCCAAGCUCUGACCCCAAGAAGCCAGAUGCCACGAUGAUCGUGAAAAACAAUAAGCUGACAGUCACCAGGGGCUCACAGAAAGACUAUAGAAAGGACUCUGGACAUGGCACCAAGGUCUCUUGCUGGUUUAUCCAUGACAAUGGAUCUGGGCUGAUUGAUGGUGUCCACACUGACUAUAUUGUGCCUGACCUAUUCUACCACAGUCCAACUCACUUCUAAUCAGACAAAUAGGCAAAAGACUGGACUCCAAGAAAGCAAUAAAGAAUGGUUUGGCCUUUUG